AUGAGUACUCUAUUUCAUAAAAAUUCAAAUAGUGCUAUUAUGCCUUGGCAAGAAGAUUAGAAUUACAAAUAUUAUGAAAUUUUUAUAACAGAUUAGUUUCCAUUUCUAGAUCUAAUCAUUGUAGUGAAAUAACAAUCUACAACUGGAAAUCCAGAUAUAUAUAUUUCUUCCUAAAAUCCAAAGCCUAAUAGAACAAAUUCUGAAAUCAUAUGUGAUUCUUAAGGAAUGGAUAUUUGUAUACUACAAUAUCCAAGCAAGCAGACUUAUUAUUUGGCUGUGUAUUGUGAGGAAUAUUGUCGAUAUAAUUUAAAAGUUGUUUGUCAAAAUGAUUUAAAGAUGACCGAUGAUUUGGAGUUCAAGCUCAAUAAUACCAGUUGGAUUGAAGUAGUUAGAAUCUCUAUAGAUUAAUUAAAAAUAUAGGAGAUUAAAUAAGAUUACAACUUAGAGGUUUCUAUAAAAGUGAAAAAUGUUGAAAUUCUGCAGGAAUCUUUCCAAACUUAUAUGAAUUCGGGGUAUGAAAAGCCAACCCUCCAAAAGUAUGAAUAUAAGGGUUAGGAUACAUUCUCUGGGAUUUAAAAGUUUAAAAUUCAAAAUAUAAAGGCAGAUUAAUGUUAUACACUUUUGGUUGAAGCGCAAUAAGGAGCAUUGGUAUAGAUAAAAACAAGAACUUAUGGAUAGACAAGGUUUAUUAAUGUAGGAGAAUCUAUUGAAGAUGUGAUCUCAGAAAAUUAAUUUCAAUUCUAUGUGCUCAAUGUUACAACUGAGCAAGAACUGUUCUAAUAAGGAGAAUUAAUCUUGAAUAUUUAAUUGAUAUCCUUUAAAGGAUACACUGAGAUGUAUGUUAAUCUUGAUGAGAAUCCACCAGAAUUAGAAAGUUAUCAAUGGAAAUUACGUGAUGGAGUUUCAGAUGAUCUGAUUAUUACUAAUGAAGAUUUGAUACGAUUGGAUGCUAAAGGAUCUUAUGUUUAUAUUGCAAUUUUUGCAAAAGAAUCCAUUGCCACAUUUGAAUUGAAAACAUAAAUGUUGAAUCCAGAUUUAAUGGUUAUGGAAUUAAAUAAGCCAGCUAUAAGGAAGAUGAGCAAAUCAAAAUACCAUCAAUAUAGAUUCUUUAUUAAAAGCAAUAAAUAAUAAAGUGUUAGUGUGAGUUUAAGAAAUAUAAGAGGAGAUGCUGAUAUAAUUCUAAAAUUAUGCAAUGAAUUUUGGACUUGUAAGUUUAAUGAAGAUGAAUAGAGUCUUAUUAAAUCCUAGGAUUUCAAAAAUCAUAAUACACAAUACUUCUACUCUUUAAAUCCUGGAAAUGACAUAAUUCUUUUUGAUUAUCAACCAGCUAAUUGUAGGGAAUAUGAAAAUUUUCACAUGUGUUUCUAUGCGAUCAUAAUUAUUCCAGGGGAGGAUAAUGUUGAAGAUGAAUUAACCUAUUCUGUUUUAAUCACUACUAAACAAGAUAACAUUCUAUUAAUAGAAAACACUCCUAUUAAAUAGUUUGUAUUCCAUGAAUUCUACAACUAUUACAAAUUUAUAGUAAACGAUGGUGAUCUUAUUUAAAGAUUGUUCAUUUAAUUAACACCCAUUUAGGGUUAUCCCAGGAUAUUUUCAUCUAAAACUCAGAUGUAUCCAACAAAAGAACAGAAUGACAACCAAGGUGUUUAGAAUCUCAUCGUUUAUGGAGCUAAAAGUAAUGGAGCACCAAUUAAUGGAACAGUAUACAUUGGAGUCUACGGGGAGACAGCUAGUUAAUAUAUUAUCACUGCAAUCGUAUUCAGAGAACAAGAUGAUUGGGGAACGAUUGGUAAAUAUGCCCAUUAAUAUAUACAAUUACUUGAAGGUUAUCCUUAAGAAAUUAAUACCUAACAUUCAACUGAUGUUCAACUUUUCAAAAUUGAUCUGAGUGGAUAUAGUAAUCAAAAUGCAAUAUCUCAUAAUCAGGUAAAGGUGUAAUUGAGGAUUAAUUCUGGUGAAUUUGAAAUUUAUGGAUUUGAUCAUCCCGAAAUCGAUCUCAAUAAAGCCAUUCUAAAAGGAUCAAACUCAUUAAUACUCACAGAUCAAAUCGAGAAAUAUCCAUAAUAUUUAUAUGUGAGGGUGUAAGUUAAUGCAUCCUCAAGUUAUCCCUUAUACUCAUAUACUAUUCAUUACAGAGAGAGUUCUUAGCCAAUUGAAUUGGUUGUGGGGGAUAGUUACUAAGGUUUCAUUGAAAAGUCUGAGAAAUAAAUAUUCUUCGUAAACUUUUAUAAAAUGGAAGACUUAGAGAUUAAUCUUCAUGCCGAAUUCUUUGAUUAAACUAUAAUAUGGGCUACUAUAUAUCUUAAUGAUGAUAUUAUUGAUAUGAAAUAGCAAAGUCUUAUACUAAAUAGUGAUUAAAUCAAAUUCGAUAAAUGCAGAAAAACUGAAGAAAUAGUUUAAUGUGUACUUGCUAUCCAUGUGGAAUCAAAAUAGGAUACUUACUUUACCUUAAUUGUCUCAAAGGAGUUCUAAAUCAUUAAACUAUAUAACGAUGAGAGAAUUACAAAAGCAAUCAAGAAUGACUACAAUUAUUUCACAUUUCUAUUAACAGAUGAGACAGAAAUAGCUGUGUUUUCUCCUAUGACCAAUAUCAGAAUUUUGGUUAGUAUUAUAUAGUUAGAUCCACCAACUCUUGAAUAGUUUCCUACUAAUGAUGAUAAUUCCUUGUUUCAAUCCUUAAAUGAUGACAUCGAAAUUGAAAGCUCUGUGUUUAUAUCAUAAUAGGAAGUACUAAAGGCGAAUUGUGAUAAAACUCCUUGCUAUGCAGCAGUAACUUGCAUUAAUUUAAAUUCAGCAAAUAAUCAUUCUACAGUAUACUCUAUCUCCCGUUCUUCUGGAGUAUUCAAAUUAGAUGAAGGAUUUGUUUAUACCGGGCUAUUUAAAGGAGGUUAAAUGAAGUAUUUUAAAGUUACGAACAUUAACGAAGCAGUGGGAUUGUAAAUUCUUGUUUAGUCAAAAAAUAAGGGGCAUGUUCUGAUAAUUGCUAGCAUCAAUUAAAUGCCUACAGGAUAUACUUAUGAAUUUACUUCAACCAUUAAUAUUGGUGACUUUAUAAUGAUCCCUCCAAAAAAGGAUUCAUCACAAAUUGUCACUUACUAUAUUGGCGUUAAUGCUCCUACUCAAUCAAUUAUCUCGGUUUAGGUAAAGACAGGGAUUGCUCGUUUUUAUCACAUUUCAACUUCAAAAUCAUUUGUUCACACUUACCCUUGGGAUUCAAAAACUUAUCUGACAUUUUUUCAAGGUUAUCCAGCGGAUUUUGUAAUUCUAAUGAGUUCCAGUGUUAUGAAUGAACACUUAAAGCCUAAGAUUCAUAUCUGCUCCUAUCAAAUGAAAGAACUACCAGAUGUUAUGAAUUCUAUACCAACAGAAUAUCAUUGGAAGAUGGAUGAUUAUUAUUUGGAAAUCAGAAGCGAUUAAGAGCAUUUUUGUUCCCGUUGCUUUAUGAUGAUUUAUGUGGAAAAUAACUAUUAAGACGCUUUUAUAACUUUUACAAUCGCUAGAAAAGAUGCUUAAAUUUAAUUAUUUGAUAAUGUGGAGAUUAAGCAUAAGCUUAAAACUAAUGAAUCUUAAAAUUAUGUCUAUCUUCCAAGGUUUGACAACGAGUUCUAUUUGUAACUUACUGUUUUUUAUGGAAAAAUUUAUAUUUUCAAUAAUAUAAACUAUGAAGAUCUGAAUUUUACGAAUUGUCUUCUUGUCCUUGAUGAAAAGGAUGGAUUAUUUGAUCAUUAGUAAAAUUAAAUAGAAAGUCUUGAAGGCAUUCAUGCCAAUCGAACGAUACUCAUAGAUUCUUAUAAAAACUCUACUUCUUCAGUUGUUUAAUUAAAGGUGUUUUCCAAUUUCACAAAUGAAUCUGUUUAUAAAAUUGAAAUCAUAGAUAAAAAUCAGGCUGUGCAAUUGAAGUUAGGGCAACCAGAGAAAUUCUAAGUUGUUUAAAAUAAUUAUAUUCAAACUUACUUUGUUAUUCCAAAUGGAGUGGAUAAUUCAAGUGAUGAUUAUUAUUCAAUAACGCUUGAAUCAGUAAGGCAUUUACACUUAUCAAAUCAUGUAUUAGAAUUCACUUUGAGGCAUGAUAGAUACAACAAUCCUGAUAUAUUAUCAGAUCAUCAUGAUUUUGUUGAUGCUUAAAUCUCUAUUUUUCAAGAAAUAGACGACAUCACUUAUAUCUAAAUACCAAGCAUAGCAGGCACCUACUUUCUCACUAUUAAUUCUGUCUUUGCCUCUUCUUCAACCAUCUAUGUUACCUUGGGGAAUAAAGACUAGAAUAUUUUAUCACCAAAAACUUAGAGAUUAGUAAGAACCAAAGUUGGAGAAUAAAAAGUAUGGGAAAUUCAUCUAAAGUCACUCUCCUAACUAUUUGUCUAAAUCUAAUUGUGUGGAGGAAUUGUGCAUGCAUAUGGAAGCUCCUCAAGAGAUGAUCUUACAAAGGGUCUUUACAGGGACAAAAUUGAAUCUGUACACAAUAAGCAAUUAUCUGGAACAAUCCCAUCUGUUUAACCAGAGUUUUAUUACUUAAAUACUCAAACUAUUAAAAAUACCACCUAAACAGAUUUUGUAUCUUACAUAUUAUAUAUUGAUAUUCUAAAAUUAGAUACUAUUGUACCUGUAGAUCAUUUUUAUCCAGGCAAUGGUGGAGAGUUCAAACUAUCUAUAGUAGAAAAUCAUUUGCAUUUUGAUUUCUCACCAAUUUAAUCUUCUGAGAAAACCAGCUAAGAUUACGUACUGUAAAGCAUCAAAUAUACAUUCAUCUAUUAAAAUUAGAGUAUAAAUGAUAACUCACAAUUGGAUAAAUGCAAUUUGAAUGCACAAUACAAUUCAUUAAUUGUAAAAAGAAUUUAACAUGACCCAUAAAAUAUCCUAACUCAACGAGUUUAUAUUGGAGAAGAUGAAUAUCAAAAAAUAUCAGCUUCAAUUCAAGCCAGAGUAACUAUCAAAACUAAUCAUUAUGAAACCGUGCAACUAUCAUACUUUUAUAAUACUCAAAUUUUAGAAUAAAAUGUCAUUACCUAUAAUAUUUAUUAUGAAAAUAGAAGAGGAAUUAUUAUCAUAACCCUUUCAUUGUUAUUAUUGGCAUUAUUCUUGUUGAUCAUAAAAUAUCGAGAUCUUAGAUUAAUUGCUAAAUAUGAAGCCUAAACUUAAUAGCCUAUUCCUUAACCAGAAUAAUCAAUUGAAAUGAAUUAUACAAAUUUCAGAUCAGGUUGA